CUUACGGGGGGCGCGCACAACUAGUCCGCGUUAGUAGCUGCAGCUUGCGUAACCGGUUUCGAUUGCGUUCGCUGAUUGUCGCUGGCAGUUUGUGACGAGUCAACUCCGGCAGCUUUUGCGCUUUCGGCAGACACUAUGAACUCGCUUCUGAGGGCCUCUAGAGCUCUAAUUGGCAGCUUUGCUCAAUCGCACGCAACACCAAGCACAGGUGUCAGGACCAUGGCUACUGCUGGCAAAAUCCAUGUGGCCAACCCGGUCGUGGACCUGGAUGGCGACGAAAUGACGCGGGUCAUCUGGCAGCAGAUCAAGGACAAGCUGAUCCUGCCGUACCUGGACCUGAAGAUCGUGUACUUUGAUCUGGGCCUGCCCAACCGCGACAAGACCAAUGACAAGGUGACGGAGGAGGCAGCCUACGCCAUCAAGGAGCACAAUGUGGGCAUCAAGUGCGCCACCAUUACGCCGGACGAGGCGCGUGUGAAGGAGUUCGGCCUCAAGAAGAUGUGGAAGAGCCCCAACGGCACCAUCCGCAAUAUCCUGAACGGCACCGUGUUCCGCGAGCCCAUCGUCAUCUCCAACAUCCCGCGCCUGGUGCCGGGCUGGACCAAGCCCAUCGUGGUGGGCAGGCACGCGUUCGGCGACCAGUACAAGGCCACUGAUUUCGUGGUGGACGGCCCUGGCAAGCUGGAGAUGAUCUUCACGCCCGCGGCCGGCGGCGCGCCGCGCAAGUUCGAGGUGUACAGCUUCGAGGGCCCGGGUGUGGCCAUGGGCAUGUACAACACGGAGGAGUCCAUCCGCGGCUUCGCCUCCAGCUGCUUCGAGUACGCGCUGCAGAAGCGCUGGCCGCUGUACCUGUCCACAAAGAACACCAUCCUCAAGUCCUACGACGGCCGCUUCCUGCAGAUCUUUGCCGAGACGUACGAGACGCAGUACAAGAAGCAGUACGAGGAGGCGGGCAUCUGGUACGAGCACCGCCUCAUCGACGACAUGGUGGCGCAGGGCCUCAAGUCCAGCGGCGGCUUUGUGUGGGCGUGCAAGAACUACGACGGCGACGUGCAGUCCGACAUCGUGGCGCAGGGCUACGGCUCCCUGGGCCUGAUGACCAGUGUGCUGGUCACGCCCGACGGCAAGACCGUGGAGGCGGAGGCGGCGCACGGCACGGUGACGCGUCACUGGCGCGAGUACCAGAAGGGCAAGCCCACAUCCACCAACCCCGUCGCCUCCAUCUUCGCCUGGACGCGCGGCUUGGCGCACCGCGGCAAGCUGGACAACAACGCCGAGCUCAUCCAGUGGACGCACGACCUGGAGGCCGCUGUGAUUGAGACCAUUGAGCAGGGCCACAUGACCAAGGACCUGGCCAUCUGCGUGCACGGCACUACCAAGGUGACUCCCGACCAGUACCUCAACACGGAGCCGUUCAUGGACGCCGUCGCCGACACCUUCGCCAAGAAGCGCGGCGGCAAGAAGUGAGAAGCGAAGCAGAGGACGCAGUGGGCGGAGGCUGGGGGCUGCGGGCUGGGGGCUGGGGGCCUGCAAGAGCCAGGAUGUGUAGGCGGUUGUGAGGGAAGCGGGGUCGGCAGCGGUGGUGGCGGUGGCGGCAUUUUGGGAGGAGGUGAGGGGGCGGUGAAGAUGGUGCACACAGCGACGCGCGUAGCGGUGACGCCGCUUGAGGUUACAGGCGGCGACAAUAGCGGUGGGUGCUGCGCGAUUGCGGCCGCGAAGGCAGGCGACGUAAGAGCUCCGAAGCACGAAGAUCAUUUAGCCAAAGGAUUUGGUUAGCGCAAGUUCUCGGACGCCGGCGGGUUUGCGAAGCCGGCGAGGCAGUGGCUACCAUCGUGUGCGCAUUGCACCUACCCUCCCGCGUGAAUGCUUAAGCACGAAUUCGUGCGGGCGCUUGUGUUGGUGGUAAUGGUGGCAAUAAGAUGUCGUGUGUUGUGCGUGUGCGCGUGUGGCCUUGUGUGUGUAGGUAGGUAGGUGCGUUUCUUCGGUUAGGGUUAUCUAGCUACGCCCUGCGUGAGGUUUGUUUGGUGUGUUUGCACAUGGUCGAUUGCGGUACCUGGCACUUGACACUAUCUCGCUGUUGCCGCUGUUGCUGGCCCUGCUGCCGCGCAGGGCGGCACAGGCGCGGCUGUGAAUGCAGCAGUGCGCUGGACGGCAGCGCCGCGCUGCUGUGAGUGGCCCCUUGCUCCAGAGGAGCGAGUCGGUCAGCGCGGUCACCGCACAGCAGUGAGGGUGGCAGCACCGAAGGAGGUGGACGCGCGGCGUGUGUGUGUGUGUGUGUGCAAGGUGGUUGUUAGUAGUUGGUCGUUGGUGGUGAGGGUGAGGGUGUUCGUUCGGUGUGCCGGACACGUGCGUGUACGGGCUUAGGUCUGAGGCAGUCACAGUCGAGGGCAUUUCCUCCUCGUUGCUUUGGUGCUGUCCGGGAGCGGCCUAAGCAGCCCACGGCGAUGCACACAAAACGCCUGAAGAUUUCCGUUCGAAUGCGAUAUCCGGGCCUACCUCGGAGUCGCAGAGGGGAAUUCCUUUUGUUUGGCAGCUGCGCUUGGAAGCGAGGUGCCGGGCGCGAGCAGCCGCGCCGUUGCAUGCUGCGGACGGACGUGUGUGCCGAGUUCUCAGAUGUAAUGAUGUGGUGUUUGGCUGGCAGGUUCGGGAAUCUUGUGUUUAGGAAGGAACUGAACACGUAGUACAACAACAAGCAAUCAAUGAUACGCGUGUGGAAGGGACAUGCAUGGGCGCCGUCUGUGCCGCCCCUGUGCCUUCAUGCAGAUGGCACAGGGGCAGGGACCGGCGGCGCGUUCCGGAAUGUGUUGGUGAUGAUAACGCGCGGUGUAGCAUCUGUGUAGGUCAAAAAUGCGUGCGUGCACCGGGCGCGGGUGGCCGUGCGUGUGUGGGGUGUCGUUGCCAAGCGAGGACGCAAGGUGGGAGGCGCGCCGCCCGAGCCCAUUGCUCUAGGUUGUGUGCGUCACCGGCUGGAUGUCGUCGCCGGGGCCUCUUCCCGUGCUAUGGCUGUGAUGGCUUAACAGUGCAAGUGUGUAAGAAAGCUCAUGCAA